UUCGAAAGAAAAACAAAUCAUAAGGGGGCAGUUUUUUUUUUUUUUAAUCUACUUACACAUGGCAAAAAAGAAAACUCUGAAUCUUUCUUCCUGGCACAGGAAAAAUUUCGCAGACAAUGGCAAAGAUUUUGUUUCGUAGGUUCUUUAGAGCUUAUUCCUCUCUAUUCAAAACCUCAACUUGCAACCCUCUCUAUCUCAGGCCGGUUUCCCCAACGCAAGGAUCAAUUUUUUGUCCAACCAAACAUUUGUUACAUCCCAGCCUUUCAAGCCCUUCAUGGGUUUUCAGAAACUUGAGCCAUGGUUCGGUGAAUCUUGUCAUAUCGCAAGGGAAACUCAAGUUUGAAACGCAUGAGGUGGACCCUCCGAAGAAGGAAAAGUGGAAGACGAAGAAGAAGUUGAAGCUGCAAAGAAAGCGAGAAAAACAGGUGAGAAAAUCGGCUAAUAAGAGAGACCCUCGAAGGCUCGGUGUGAAGGGUAACAAAAAGCAGAAGUUCGCCAAUGCCGAAGAGAGGAUCAAGUACAAGCUUGAAAAGGCCAAAAUUAAGGAAACUUUGUUGAUUGAAAGACUUAAGCGAUAUGAGGUUCCAAAAGUCGAAGGUCCUGUUGUUGAGCCAGUCACCUUGACAGGAGAGGAACGUUUUUAUAUGAAAAAAAUGGCCCAAAAACGGUCAAAUUAUGUGCCCAUUGGGAGAAGAGGCAUUUUUGGAGGUGUUAUUCUUAAUAUGCAUAUGCAUUGGAAAAAACAUGAAACUGUAAAGGUUAUCUGCAAUUCCUCUAAACCUGGCCAAGUACAUGAGUAUGCACAAGAAAUUGCCAGACUGAGUGGCGGGAUUCCAAUCCAGAUAAUUGGAAAUGACACCGUAAUAUUUUAUAGGGGAAAGGACUAUGUUCAGCCAGUAGUUAUGUCACCUAUAGAUACACUGUCCAAGAAGCGGGCUUUGGAAAAGUCCAAGUAUGAGCAAUCCCUGGAGUCCGUGCGGCGAUUCAUUGCCAUUGCAGAGAAGGAACUAGAGCUUUAUUACAGGCACAUAGCACUUUAUGGUGAUCCAAAUGAUAGAAAUCCUAUUUCAGUUUUGGAUGGUCCAAGAAAAGACACCAAGAAACCUAACGAACUUGAAAACGAAAAGAAUGAUUACUCUUCUUCAGGUUUAAAUCUAAUAGGGAUGGAAGCUAAUUCCAUGGAAUCUAAACUCUCCAGACUGGAUGGUGAUGGUUUUGAAAGUGAAGGGUUGUCCACACUUGAAUCAGAAUCAGAAUCCGAUUCCUAUUCUGAUUCCAUUUCUUAUUCUGAUGAUGGAGAACAUUGUUCUGGUACGCAAGAGAGCUCCACUAGGAUAGUUCAAUCAUCAACUUCCGACUUUUAUAAUCAAAGGCUUUAAUAAAAACUAAAAUAGAUUCUACAGACAUGAAUGAAAUGCAUUAUUAUGUCCUUUAUCAAUCUUAGCUAUUGUGUAGUUUUACUUUAUCAAAAGUUUCACAGGUUUUGAAUGGUUUUAUUUGGAGAAUUUAGAGGGGGCAAAAUAGUUUAAACUCCAGACAAAAAAUUGAUAUUUCAUAACAGGAUCUAACAAGUAUGUAAAAUUGUUGUAAUAAAAUAUAGUGUAAGACUAAUAGUGCACCCUUUUUUAUAUACUACCAUAGUAAAUCAUGCAAUUUUACAUA